AUGCCUUGCAACAUCGAGGAAAUCAAGGACUUUUUGCUCAUGGCCUGGCAAAAGGAUGCCAAAUCCAUUAAGAUCAAGAAGAAUAAGGAUAAUGUGAAGUUUAAAGUUCAAUGCAGCAGAUACCUUUAUACCUGGGUCAUCACAGACAAAGAGAAGGCAGAUAAACUCAAGCACUCCUUGCCUCCAGGGUUGGCAGUGAAGGAGCUGAAAUGA